GUAAAUUAUCUAUGUUGAACCCUUUCGCGCUAUCGCUUAUUUAGCCCGCGUGUAUUUUAUCAGUAAAAUUGCCGCGAAAAUGGCCAUGUUUAGUUCAGGGUCAUUUACAACUAGUACUCCAUUUCAUCAACAAUAUGAUAGUGGCUUUUAUGGUAACUCUCCACAAUCUAGAAGUUCAUCUCAGUUUUCUAUUGGGGAAAAUAUAGGAUUAGAAAUAGGCUGUUUUUUUCCAUUAAGAAAGAAUUUAUUUGGAAAAAGGAACAAUUCUGAAAAUAUACCAGUUGAUCCGUUUUCACUUGAACGUAAGUUACUUCUUUCAAGGAGUUCGGCAUUUUCACGUAGAGAUGCCAGUUCAAAUACAGAAACUCCAAGAACAGCGAGAAGCUGUGCAGGUUCAGAUAAACCUGUAAAAAUUGAAAGACUACGUCAAAAUCGACGAUGUUUUUUAAAUGGUAAGACUGAGAGAUUAAAAUGGCUUGGUGGUAAUGAUAGUGGGUUUCAUGCUGAAACUCCUGAAAGCUCAGAAUGUCUUAAAUCUAAAGGUCGUAGAAUACCAUUAUUGGAGAUGGUAAAAAAUUUGAAUUCAGAAAAUUCAAAAGAAGAAAGUCUAGCAUAUUUUAAACGUUUUUUGGAUGUUUCUGGAGCUAAAAGUUUUGCUGAUCUUUCAAUGUCUGAUAUACAAGACCUCUAUAACAUUCACCGUUUUCAGAGAACCGGUUUAAAGCCAUCUGUAACAGAUAUCGACUUCAAUGAAGAGCGUCCACUGAUGAAGGAUUUGAAUGAGGGAAAUGAAGUGUUUCUGUCAUCAUGGAAAGAGAGGCUAGAAUGCAUCUCAGCAGAUAUCAAAAUGCCACCAAAGAUUGAUAUUCUAAGCCAGCUUCACAAUAUCAAUGCACUUUCGCUUAUAUCCUGUAUCUUAUCCUAUCUCUCCGGCCACGAUUUGCAGACGGUAAGCAGUGUAAGUCGAUUGUGGCGAAAAUUAGUUCUUGAGGAUGAAGUUGCAAACAGAGCAAGGCUGGCUUGUUUGGAAAAAAGGCAAAAGUUUAUAAAGGAAAUGGCAAUCAAAAAAUCAGUCAACCCAUUCCAGAGGCAACCGAAUGAUAGAAUACUGAGCUGUAUUGAAAAUAUUCAGAAGGAGGAGCUUCAAUUUAAAAAAACUAUCAAAGAAAUUAAUUUUAAUGCAUUUAUUGAGGUUGGAAAAAAAGGCGAGAACUAUAGACCUAUGAAAUGUCCUUCCUGCUGUAAUCUUUCGCUCCAAGACAAGCACAUCAUUACCAAGUACAAUUGUUUAUUUUGUGGUCAUGAAUUCUGUUGUAACUGCUUAAAACCUUAUUCAAAUUGGCAUUACUGUGCCCCAAUCAAUUUUCCAACUAAAAAACCACCUGCUAAUGGUAAAAAAUAUUUGAGGCGCUUAUAAGAUAUUUUGGAUUUUUUUUUUUUUUUUUUUAAUGAAGGAUUUUUUAAAGUUCCUUUUUUAUAAUGCUGGAAUCUCAUUUAUGUGGCAGCUCUGUAUCUGAAUGAAAUACUGUGAUUUCUUUUUUAAUCUAUACUAGUCUUUUACUAGUCUAGGCACUACUUUUUGUACCUGAUGUAUUGUGAUUUUAUAAGAAAGCUUAGCAUGGUUAUCAUUUAACAUUUUUAAAUUAAAAUAUAUCUGUGAUAUAUCUUUCUACUGUAGUGAUCUUUAUAAUUUUUUUUAUAAAAUUGUAAUUUUCAGACAAUAAUUUACAUCAGCUUUUUAGCUGAACUAUAGUUGAUUCAGUCCAUUUUUAAGGUGCUACAUACUUGACACUUAUUUUAAGGUGAUUUUAAAUAGAAUAUUUUAAAUGUAUUGACUUUACAAAUCAUUUUUAUAAGAUGCGAGACUUAUAUUUUUAAAUCAUCAAAAUGUAUCUCUACCAUACAAUGCCAUGAAUUAUAUUUUACUAUAAUGUGUCAAAGAUCAUUGUGAUAUCAUUUUGUGUGGUAUUUUUCCUUUGUUAACCAUACAAACUACAGAACCUUGCCAUUUUAUC